AACUCACACUCACUCUUCAUUCACUGAAUUCCAAACAUACAAACUCUGCUCCAAAAUUUUGAAGAGAGAGAGAGAGAGAUAUGAAGAAGAAAGUGAACCGCAAGUCCUCACUUCUGGAAACGCCAACAGAAAUGGCGGAUUUUCCUUCUCCAAACGAGUCUCCGAAAUCGCCAUUGUUCACCAUCAUCAGCGACAAGAAGAAGAAGAAGAGUACGGUCUCCACCUCAAAGAACAAGAAUGCCGACAAGUCGCAGCCUACUAUCGCCGCUGUGAAAACCCUAGGCACCAUCUCCGAUCUCAAAGACCUCGCCUCUUCGCGCCUCGACCAUCUCAAGCGCCACAUCGAACACUCUCACUCUGAGAUCAUCAAGGAUCUCCAGGCUUCCCACUCUCGCCUCCACAAGCGCUUCAAGAUUCAGACUCAAGCAUGCCAACAAGCGAUGGAUGAAGCAGAGAAGGAAUACAAGAAAAUGUCUGAACGGAUCAGCCAAAGUCGGGAAGCAAUGCAGGCUUCAUAUGCAGAGUUCAAGGCAGAUGCACAAGCCAGCGCAUCUCGUGCAUGCAAAACAUCAAUCACUGAGCUUUCAGAAUACUGUGAGAAAGCAAUUAAUAAUCUUCAAAGUCGUUUUGGGAUUCCAUCAGCUUAGCCAUCUGGUAACAAGACAGUUCAGUUGAGUACUUUAUGCUUGGCGUCUUUCAUUAUUGGUGUGUACCAGUCAUGCAGUACAGUUAUCCAAGAACUCAGGCCUUUUAUUAACUCUUUCCCCUGUAGGUUAUCUGUUUAAAAAAUUAUUAACUACAGUAAACCUAUGUUUAAGGUUUAAUACAUCUCCCUGUAGAUAAUACAUCUUGGUGCUAUUCUAUCUUGGUUUAGAAGUUUUGGCUGACGAUACUAUUCACUGGAAAAGAAAUUCCAAAAAUGAAAAAUGACAUUCUUUUUCCCUCUUAUGAAUUUUGGACUGUUAUAACAUUAAUGGAGAAUUUCUGGGCCAAAAAAAAGGAGAGAAUUAUUCUCAGCAGAUUUUGUUCAUUUGUAUUCACGACACUUUAAUGAAUUACUUUAUUCAGGACAUAAAUUCCUCAUACUUUGUGUGGGAAUUGAAUUUUCCAUUGGAUAUUAAAAUUUAAUGGAACUUUUGUGGCAAGCAA